AAUUACAACACAGCGCAUUCCAGAUUCUGCGAGUCCAAACAAGCGGCAUGAACAUGUAAUGCUAUGUAAACCACAACCAAUUUUGUCGAAUAACAUUCAAUCAUUCUAUACCACUGUUUAAAAAGCUACCCGAAUGAAGGAUACUAAUGGUGUCUUAAAUUAAGUGACUCUCAAGAGGGUUGAACGAAUGACAAGUGUCGCUCUAAUGGCUAAUUCGUAAUUCAUCAACUCUUUGAAGACUGUAAUGUCACAACACAUUGGGCGUAAAUAAAAGUCUGAAAUAAUGGAAGAAUCGGGAAACAAGUUGUCUAAACAAAGACGACGCAGAAAAAUUUUAAUGCAAAGCGAUGACGAAGAUGAUGGCACGCCGAGCAAAAUUCAAAGUCUUAUGCCGAGUGAAUCGACAUCCUUCAGCGAAGUAGAAAGAAGCGAGAGUUCAUCUUACACUCAAAGAACAAUUUCUAACUUCGCUUCAACGGCGCAAAGUAAAACUACCUCUAUCAGCAAGACGUCAUUCUCAAGCUUCAGCGAAUUUGAAAAAUCAAGCUUCACUAGUUCAAGUCACGCUGACAAGCAUGAAACAAGCUAUGAAAACUUCAGCCAAAGCAACGAAAGCAAAACUGAAAGCUACAGGGACCAAAUCAUGACCGAAAGCACAUUCUCAAGUUACAGUAGAACCGAAAAAUCAUCGACGGUGCACAAAACUCAAAGUGGUGAACUCCCUGCAACUGGUGUCCUCGAAUUAAGUGGUAUUGGCGAGACUGGAGGCAGGUUGACUGAGAGGGAUAUUAAGAGUUUGCGUCCAAGACUAGGCCACAUUGACCAAAGAGAGUGUGUUCGUCAUGACAAUGAUAACAGAUCCAGAGAAGACAGAGAUAUUUCCAUUGUUGAUACUGGAAAAUCUCAUACUUAUCAUGACAUAUCGAUUAAAGAAGGGCACUCAAAUAAAUCUGAUGAAGCUUCAAGUGAACACACCCGUUUUAAAACUGAUUCAGAAAAGUAUUCCUACUCAGACGACGAGAAUACAAAAGUUGACUAUGAUAGAAGUGAGCAUCAUCAAGUAACAGAACGAAGAGGAUUUGUUUCAUCAGAAGAGCUACUCUCUAUUCUUGGUGAGAACGUUCGUGGGAAAGAUAAUCUUUCGCAAAGCAAUUUCAGGAAACACGAGACACACACUAACCUCGACGAAUUAUCAGGCAGAGACGUAGAAUUAAGUCCUGAGACUGAAGAAGAGACAAAAUUCAAACUUCGAUCAGAUGAGCCAGACGAGAUGUCUGAAAUGGACGAAGCCAACAUCAGAAAUCGAAUUCUACUUAUGCGAGCAGGCACUGGACACCAAUAUAUUGAAACUUACCCUGAUGACAAUCAAUCUCAAACCGUACAUUCGGUACACAGUGACCAGGGAGAUUUAAGACAACCCGGUAUGCCGGCUAAAGCUCAAAUGCAAGUCAAAGCAGAGCAACGUUCAGACGAGACUGAUGCAUUCGCAGAUGGCGUUUCGGAGACACCCCGUCGUGACGUUUUUAGGGGGAUUGAAUCGAUAGAAACGAGCGACAUUCACAAGAAUCGGGAGGAAGACACUGUUCAAGAAGACACAGCUGACGGCGUAUACGCAGAAAUCGACACAGAGCGAGAAAAUGAAGACCAAAAAUUCGUAACUUACACCAGUCAAGAAGAAACAGAAACUGCACGUGAAACGCAAGAUAGGCGUAGUUCAUUUGGUAACACAGAGGAUCUUGUUUAUGCAUCGGAUAUACCAAUUAAACAAUCCGAAUCUGGCAAUGUUUCUGAAGAAAUCAUAACGAUUCAAACAGGAAUUGUUACAUCUACGGAAUUAAGUCAACCUAUGGCCCAGACAAAAGAGUCUGACGUUCCCCAAAAAAUGGUUGGAUCAGACGAAGUAAUCAUUAUUCAUGCAGUACCUAUUAGGUAUGAAACGAGACUACAUAAUGCCAUUUUAACUUGGCCAAAUGAACAACGUCAACAAACAGAAGACAAAGAAGUAAAAGCAUUUGAAACAACGCCGUAUGAAGUUAAACAUCACGACACAAAAUUUGAAAGAUCACCAAAAUUCGGAAGCCUGUUGUCUUAUGCCCCGCGACCUUAUCAAAAACCAGCAAAGGAGACGUCGCUUGAAAUUCGGUCACAGUCAUACUACAUACAGCCUAAAGAAAAGCCACUUAACGUUCAAGCUGAGAGAAAAUCGCAGGAUAUUCCGCAACCUUACGAGACUCCACCACGUGAAGAACCAGACGAACAAAGUUGGUAUGAAUCUCAUCAGAAUGAGGAUCAGCCAAAUUACGAUUUACGUCGCUACGAACAGCAACCUGAUUUGCCACCAGGGAAAAAACUGGAGGAUAUGCCACAGUCUUUCGAGACACCGCCACAUAAAGAACCAGAGGAACUACCAUUGUAUGAAUCUCACCUUAAAGAUCAAUCAAAAUCAGAGGUGUCUGAAAAUUUGCAACGAUCCUUCGAGAAACAACAACAUGAAGAGCCAGAGGAACUGAGGUUGUACGAAUCUCAUCCCAACGAAGAUCAACCUAACUUCAGCUUACAUCUUUCUGAACGGCCACCUGAUGUGCAGCUUGAGAAGACGCCCGGAGACAUGAAACAAACUUUGGAAACUCAACUACAUGUUGAACCAGAUGAAUUAAUGCCGUAUGAACAUAAUCUCGAUGAAGAGCAACAAGGAGAUGAUUACGAACAGCCUGAAGACACACCUGCUGGGCAACCAUACGAAAAGCUGGGAAAUAUUCAACAUCCUUAUGAUACACCACCAUAUGAUGAAGAAGAAGAUGAACUGAGGUUGCAUUACCCUGAUCUUACAGUAAACACUCCACCGUACGGUGCAGAAACAUAUGACGAACCUUCCAAUAAAGACAAACUGGACCCGGAAGAAAUAGAGCCGCACGUCAGUUAUCCUUAUGAAUUGCAUUCUGAAAAGAUGGGCUUUGAUGAAACAGAUGGCGAUCAAGAGGAACCAACCACAACCACAACCUACGAAGUUCUAGCACACGACAUACUGCCGAUGUUCACCGAAGAAGCUGAAAAAAAUUAUCUACUUGAAUCCCAGCCUCAUGAAUCAAGUCCAUUAAAUGAACAACAGAUAUCACCAGAAAUUCCGAAAUACGAAGAUGACUCACGUGAUCGACGUGAAGAAGCAGGUCCACAUAAAAGUAAUCAUGAUACUAACAUUCAGCCACUUUUGACUGAAAAUUUCCAAUACUCUGACAAAAUACCAGUGAGAGAAAUCCCGGAUGAAGAACGAACUGACGAGACGACGCCACAAAAUACAGAACUAUUUGAAUUACCGACUAAUAAAAUUCAACCACUUGAAGACGCAACACAGCAACUGAAGGACACUGAAUAUGCAGAACAAUCAACAAGACAUGGAAGUGUCAGGAUCGUGGAUACCAGCAAUGAAAACAAACCCCGAUUUGAUGAAACCGAUCCAGUUUCGGUGCAACUUGGCCAAGCAACAGAUGAGGUCGCAUAUUUUGAACUUGAGGAUGCAGAUUCGAAUGAUGAAAUGACAUUUGAACAGAUUUUAGUCUUUGAUGAAAAAAAUGGGAACAUGAAUGAUGGAGCACAUUCCGAGACGGUGCUUGGUACAGAAAAUGUUAUUGAUCCGCAACAUACAACGUACAGGGUAACGCAGACAGAGGAGAACGAGCAAGGUCAGGAACAAGCGGAAUUUGGGGAAGUCGACAAAUGCACGGCAAUGGAGGUGGAGCAAACGGAAUCUUACAAUGUAGAAAGCCAUGAAAUAAGAACAUUUCAAACAAUGUCAUAUGAAUCCAUACCAGACGAUAUGCAACAACAGGAAUUACAACCAUUCGAAUCACAGCCAACUGAAGAACAGUCAGAUGAUGAAAAUGAUAUGCUAUCAGAGGACAAUUAUAGCGCUGGAUCUUACAAUCUGGAACGUCGUACAAUAAGAUACUAUGAAACAAUGCCGUUCAAAUCACGAGACAUCAUCGUACAAGCUCCACAAAUACAGUCAUUUGAGCCCGAGAAGGUUGAAGUGCAAGAUAAUGAAGUGCCACCGACAAACAUGUCACACGAAACGAAACUUUACCAAGUCGAAAGGAGUGAGAUAAGAUCUUACGAAUCCCAGCCAUACAAUAUACAGACGCAAGAACAACCCUUUUCCGAAAGCCGUCAAAUUGAAGCGCAAUCAAUAAAUGACCAGGAUCCAGAAGACAUUUUAAGUGAUACUGAACCUUACGAUAUCAAAAGAUACGAGAUAAGAUCGUAUGAACAAACUUCAAAUGAAACAGAACCAUCCAGCGUGUACCCGGGUCAAAUGAAUGCUUUGGGAACUCAGACUAGUGAAAAGGAUCAACUGCAAGACAACCACGACAAUGACGAUGACAGAUUGUAUGAAACUGAAGCAUAUGAUGUGGAAAAACGUGAAAUUAGAUCGUUUGAAACAACGCCAUAUGAAGCACGAACAUAUGGAAUGCAACAAAGUGAAUUACAGCAUUAUGACGUUGAUCCACAAUCGCAAAAGUACAUUGAUGAUAAAUAUGUCACUUCAACAUCAGAUAGCGACGAGCAUGACACCAACGCUGAAAUCCAAUCAAUCCCAGAAUCACCUUCGCGAAAAAGAAAAUAUUCCAAAGGUGAAGAUCCAAACGAUUCUGAUGAAGAUUCAUCGAUUGCUCUACACGUGCCAAUAAAAAGAAGAAUUAGAAUAACAACAUCCAAACCGUCGCCUGCAAUAGCUGAAACACGAGAUACGAGGAUGGAAAAAAGUGGGUCCAAAAGUGUUUCUCCUACACGUGAAGACAGACCAAAAGAAAGUCAAGUUGAAGAACACAUAUCUGCCAGCAAAAGAGAUGUUCUACAUAGCUCGCAAGAUCAGCUCGACCAAGUCUUCGAUGUAAUGGAAUAUGAAAGCUGUGAUAACAAAGAGCAAUAUCCACAAAAACCACAAUCCCAAUCCUGUGACGAGUUCACACAUCAUCAUGAUACAGACUUAGAAAUGCCGGGAUAUCCAAGCGAUACAAACGUCCACAAAUACCGAGUUGAUUUUCAUAUCCAAUUAUCAGCUUUCGAAACCAAGAAACCACUAAAAUCUUGGAAAUCCGAACCAAUUCUGAACGUCGUCGAUUCGACUCAAGAUGAUAAUAGUCGAAAACCAUGGCGUUCAAAGUCGAUGAAUUUUGAGAAGAAAAUCCCUAAACAAAGCAGCGUCGUUAUUGAACUACAAAAGCCUGAAAGACCUCCUCUUGUUCCAGCAUAUUCCACUGAUAAUCUUCCGUUUGAAACAGUUAUUAGAAAUGAAGUGAGUGUAAAACUAAAGAACAAGCGCAGGAGGAGUUUUCCUUCCGCAGAAGUACUUGAUGAUUACCACGAUGAUGAACCCGUUGAACCAUCCUAUCAAAACAUAGAAACAGAGGAAAUUGAGCGAAAUGAUGUACAGCUUACAGAAUCUUUUGAGACAGUUGAUACAUUCUUUGCUGAAAAUUUCGAUGACAAAGUGAAAGAAGAUCCUGCAUACGACAAAGAUAACGAACCUGAGUAUGAAGAGCCCAUGGAAAAUGAACUCGUGAGACCAUUACCUAACGGCAUGCAAACAGAAGAAAUUAAGCGAAAUGAUGUACAGCUCAGUGAAUCUUUUGACACAGUUGAUACAUUUUUUUCUGAACAUUUCGAUGACAAAGUGGAAGAAGAUCCUGCAUACGAUAAAGAUGUCAAGCCUGAGUAUGAAGAGCCCAUGGAAAAUUCGGACCAAUCCCUUCUAAAAAGGAGAAAUGAUGAUCUACCCGCGUUGGAUGAAAAGAAGCCUAGAAAAUCUCGCCUAAACGUCAUACCCUUAACAAUCAAACCAAAAUUAUUUAGGGAAGAACCAACUUAUGCAGCCGUGAAACAACAACACUCAUCAGAUGUUACCUUCAGUCGUUUAGAGUCUGGACCGAGCUAUGAAUUGCAUCAUGCUGUAACUUCUGAAAAACCACGAACUGAUAUUAUUAUUGAAGAAGCUUUACCAGAUCAGACAACUACAUGGUCUCCAGAACAACAGCCAAGGCAAUUUUCAAAAACAACCGAUCAUCCUACAAGCACGAAUAAGGAAGAAAUCAGUGAAAUUGAUGAUGACUUCAAAGAUGAAGCCAAACUAGGCACACAGAGCCAAGAGUAUCCAACACCAAUUGAACCAGUCCCUGAUACAUCUGAAAAAUUGAAACCCGAAAGAUCAAAAAAACGGCGGCACAAAAUUCUUGAUACAACAGACUUCGACGAAUCUACAAAUAACGAUGAGCUGUUUGCUGCACCUGAAAUUGACGCUUUGGAGGACGAACCUAGUCAUUCGAAUGAAAAGUCAAAACCGUUCAAUGUAGCAAGCUAUUUGGAUGACGACGACACUGACGAGGUAUCCAAAGAUCAAUAUUAUGGACAACCUGAUAGAAUUGCUUACCCUAAUGAAGGGUUUCGCAAAACUGAUCAACCACAAACGUUUUCUCAAAAUACCGAUGACUUGAACGAACCUCUCGGAGAAAAAGAUGAAGAUGUUCCUUUAGAUGACACUGAUGAUUUCUUGGCAAAGCAGGAAUUGCAUUCUCCAAUAGAUAUAAAUCAGUAUCUAGGAGACACGGAGAAGGUAGAAAAAAGAGCAGACAACGAAGAAAUAGAACAUUUAGCACCAAAUGAAACAUAUGAAGCAAAUGAAGAUAUAAAAAGGUUGAUCGAAAAAGUAUCAGAUGAUGAAGAGGAGCCAGUGAGGCCAAUAGUCCCACGACAAACAAUCCAGGUUAUAUUGAUUGAUGAGACAAAGAAAAAGAAGAAAAAGAAGUCGAAGAAAGAAAAACAUCCAGAUGUCGAGGUCACUAAAGAACAUAUGGCAAAGGAUGAUGAAACACACCAACUCACUAUUGUGGAAACGACGCAGCCUGUUGAGGAAAAGAAAGAGCGAGCGACUACAAAAGAAAUAGCGGUGCAGACGAUGCCUGUCCCGGAUGAUAUUGAUAGUGAGGAUGAUUCUGACCAAGAGAUUCUUCAGUACCAGCCUUACCUAAGAGGAGGUUACCUAAUACAAACGAUACCAGAAGAACAAGAAGAUGAAAGUCCAAUGUCUACCCCAGUUUACAGCGAUCUCACUUCACCCGACGAUCAGAGUGAUUUCCUAUUCAGGGCUAUUCGCGAUCAUGAACAAACUCCUGGUCAUCCUUAUCAGAUGAAAGAAAAACAGACUUACUUUGAUGCUUCCGUUUUGCCUGAAAAAUACCUUUCAGAUCCUGUUAUUACCCAAAAGCAAGCAGAGCCGGUAGAAUUAUCUCCACAGGUUUACGAGGAAACAAGCGACGACAUAAGAACAAGAGAGCCGGAACUAUGGAAGAGUGAAUUCCCGCCAGCGGAAUACAGCGAACCUUCUGACGAACACGUCUACUACCCUGACGAUGAAGACGUGGGUUUUGAGUUCGACAUGUCAAGCGAAGAGACGGAAAGUUUUCCUACAAAUGAGACAGAACACCUUUUAAGAACAACGUACAAACCAAGAUUCCAGAUACAAGAUUUUGUGGAGGAAGACAGAAGACGAAACCAACCUGCAAUCCAGGCGCCACCAAGUAAGAAGCACAAAAUAUCAUCACCACAGUCGCCAUCAGAUGAUACUCUUUUAGAGGUCGAUUUAUAUCAGAAAGAAGAAACCAUCAAAGUUCAAAAGCACUAUCCAAAUCGUAAAGAAGACGAUGUGAGCGAAGGAAAAGAUGUUCAACCAGCUUAUCAUAAGGAAUUCCAGACAAGAGCAGAUAAGGCAAAAACAAACGAUAAUGUCGAAGGUCAAGAAUCAAGACCGAGGAAUGAAAUUGUGGAUCAUAAUCGCGAGCCAUUGGGAAGGAGUUUUUCGAACCAACCGUUAGAAAGCGUUGAAUAUCCUGCAGAAAACAUCUCUGAAUCAAUUCGCCUGAAACAUGAGCCAGUAGUUGAAUUAGUGGAAUUGAACUCAAAGGAACAAGAGAGAGUGGACGAGAUCGUGACACCAACACAUCCUGUGGUCCCAGUUAACCAAAUGGUUAAAUAUCAAAUGCCAGGAUAUCAAAUAAAAAGUAUUGUUUUAGAAGAAGAAAUUAAUGGUGAUGGAGGAUCAGAAACAGAUGAUUCAUUAUUCAAAGAGAAAGCGGGGCCUAUAACGGCAACAUACGACCGAAAAAAUGUAUUGGAUGAAAACGAGACACAACUGGUGCAACCUAUACCACAAAAGGAAAAUAUUCCUUUUCAAUCCUCUGACAAAGCGAUUAUCCCUCCAAGUAGAAUAAUAGCUCCGGAACACUUUGUAGGGCAAAGGCAGGAACCAUUUGAGGAAACUCCUGAACCAAGUUAUCAACCGCGAUAUGAAAUACGAGAUUUUGUAUUAAAUGAACAACUAAAUAAACCCGAGGAACCAUUAGAGGAAACUCCAGAAUCAAGUUAUCAACCGAGGUAUGAAAUACGAGAUGUCGUAUUAAAUAAACAACUGGAUAAACCCGAGGAACUAUUAGAGGAAACUCCUGAACAAAGUUAUCAACCGCGGUUUGAAAUACGAGAUUUUGUAUUAAAUGAAGAAUUGGAUAAACCCGAAGAGCCAUUAGAGGAAACUCCUGAACCAAGUUAUCAACCGCGGUUUGAAAUACGAGAUUUUGUAUUAAAUGAAGAAUUGGAUAAACCUGAAAAGCCAUUAGAGGAAACUCUUGAAUCAAGUUAUCAACCGCGGUUUGAAAUACGAGAUUUUGUAUUAAAUGAAAAAUUGGAUAAACCCGAAGAACCAUUAGAGGAAACUCCUGAACCAAGUUAUCAACCGAGGUAUGAAAUACGAGAUGUCGUAUUAAAUGAACAACUGGAUAAACCCGAAGAGCCAUUAGAGGAAACUCCUCAACCAAGUUAUCAAACGAGGUAUGAAUUACGAGAUGUCGUAUUAUAUGAACAACUGGAUAAACCCGAAGAACCAUUAGAGGAAACUCCUCAACCAAGUUAUCAACCGAGGUAUGAAAUACGAGAUUUGGUAUUAAACGAAGAAUUGGAUAAAUCCGAAGAACCAUUGGAGGAAACUCCUGAACCAAGUUAUCAACCGAGGUAUGAAAUACGAGAUGUCAUAUUAAAUGAACAACUGGAUAAACCCGAAGAACUAUUAGAGGAAACUCCUGAACCAAGUUAUCAACCGCGGUUUGAAAUACGUGAUUUCGUAUUAAAUGAAGAAUUGGAUAAACCCGAAGAACCAUUGGAGGAAACUCCUCAACCAAGUUAUCAACCGAGGUAUGAAAUACGAGAUUUGGUAUUAAAUAAACAACUGGAUAAAUCCGAGGAACUAUUAGAGGAAACUCCUGAACAAAGUUAUCAACCGAGGUAUGAAAUACAAGAUUUCGUAUUAAAUGAAGAAUUGGAUAAACCCGAAGAACCAUUGGAGGAAACUCCUCAACCAAGUUAUCAACCGAGGUAUGAAAUACGAGAUUUGGUAUUAAACGAAGAAUUGGAUAAACCCGAAGAACCAUUAGAGGAAACUCCUGAACCAAGUUAUCAACCGCGAUAUGAAAUACGAGAUGUCCUAUUAAAUGAACAACUGGAUAAACCCGAAGAACUAUUAGAGGAAACUCCUGAACCAAGUUAUCAACCGAGGUAUGAAAUACGAGAUGUUGUAUUAAAUGAACAACUGGAUAAACCCAAAGAACUAUUAGAGGAAACUCCUGAACCAAGUUAUCAACCGCGAUAUGAAAUACGAGGUGUCCUAUUAAAUGAACAACUGGAUAAACCCGAAGAACCAUUAGAGGAAACUCCUGAACCAAGUUAUCAACCGAGGUAUGAAAUACGAGAUGUCGUAUUAAAUGAAAAAUUGGAUAAACCCGAGGAACUAUUAGAGGAAACUCCUGAACAAAGUUAUCAACCGAGGUAUGAAAUACGAGAUGUUGUAUUAAAUGAACAACUGGAUAAACCUGAAGAACCAUUAGAGGAAACUCCUCAACCAAGUUAUCAACCGAGGUUUGAAAUACGAGAUGUCGUAUUAAAUGAAAAAUUGGAUAAACCCGAGGUACCUGAUAUUGUUUCAUCAGAUUUUGAAGAAGAGCCGAGCGCGAAGCGUUCUUUUCGAAGACCAAAGUUUGUGGAAGAACCUCGAAACCAAGAUUUUCCAAGUUACUCCAACGUCGUUCCCGAGACUGGAGAUGUUCAAAGCUCUCAUCGACUACGGAACGAGCCUAAAUAUGAAAUAAGCAAUUUUGUACUAAUCGAAGAUCCCGAAACAGAGUACAAAAUGGAUGACGAUCUUAAACGAACACAAGCUUUGAAAGAAAAGGCAAUAAAUUCGGAAUACGAAUCUGAGGGUAACGAGAUGCCAGGAUAUCCACUUGAAUAUUCUUCUUUGCCAAAAGAAAAUGAAAUUACUCGGCCAUACGAUCAGUCAAAAUACGUGCUAAGAGACGAAUUAGAGAACGAACCUACAGAAAAAAUUGGACCUACAGUUGACCAAUCGCUAAAGAUAAGCAUUGUACGCCAGCCAGACGAAACAGAUUUUAAUAAAGAAGUAUAUCCAUCAAAAUAUGAAAUAAAAGAUUUUGUGCUCCCAGAACAACCUUCAACAUCCGAACCAAUGACUAGACUAGACUCGAUUGAACCGGAAAAUAAGCCUAAAUUUAAUUUCGUUGGAGAACCAAAAACGAAAGCAGCAAAAGACUUUCCAUCUGGACACCUCGCAUCAGAUUACAAGGUAAAUUUACUUCAAACGAAUCAAGAAGAUGAAAAAUCAACACAAUCUGUGUACAGAUCAAAGUAUAAAAUUAAUGAUUUUGUGCUAAUUGAAGAACCCGAAGUUAAACCACCAGAACAACAAGCAGUUGGCUCAGACAAGAAAGCAGAUUUACCAACAACAUCACCAAGCAAGGAAAAAACAAUUCUUAUUGGCAAUGAGCAGCCAGAGAAUGGAAGUUUUACAAACGAUUUUCUAACAGGAGGAACAACAAACGUUACUUCCGGUUCAGUCGCUGAAGAAGAGCGAGAUCGCACAUAUACGACUCCACAAUCAAGAAUGGUCAUGAAAUUUACUCUAGAAGAAGAACCUGACGUUGAGGCAACGCCCGGUGUUGAUAUGCGUGCGGAGGAGGAGCCAGAGAUAACUCGGUCACAACAUCAUCAAAACUUUGAAAUGCCAGAUCUUGUUAUUGAAGAAGAACCAAAUCGAUUAGACAGAGACUUGACACAACCAGAGUAUGAACUAAAUAGCAUUGUUGUCGAAGAACAGCCACAAAAUAAAACAACACCAGAAUAUCCUGUAUCAGCAGAAAACGUCGUUUCAGAUGAGUCUGGACCAAUAUACAGCAUUUUACAACCCGGAAAAAAAUGGAAUUUUGUUAUAGACGAGGAACCAAAAGGACCACUCGUUGAUAAAACAAUUGAAGUUGCACCCGUCGAAAACCAAACUGAGAUAAACAAGUUUGUACUUGAAGAACAUCCGAAUAACGCAGAUUCACCGAUGCUUUAUGAAAGGAACGAAAAUGAUGAACAAGCAAUUGCGCCUUUUACUCAAGAAAAAAGAGAAACAACUCCAAUAGCUUUUCAGCCAAGAUAUGAAAUUUCUUCGGAUGAAAAUCAAUCCAUGCAAGACAAAACCGUGAAAGCGAGUACAGAAACCAUGACCGAGGACGAGCCUGACUUUUACAGACCAUUUGAGCCCAGGCAUGAAGUAAAAGCUUUAACAUUGGACGAGGAGCCACUGAUAAAACGAGAUGGGAAGAUAAAGAAAUUCGAUACAGCUACUGAUAUGAUGGAACCAAACAGUAAAACUAAAUAUUUUGUUAUCGAUGAGCAGCCAGAAAAAGAAAGCGUCCCAAAAUAUCCUCCUGCUAUCAGUGAACAGAUAGAAGCAAGUACAGAAAUUAGGGAUGUGGAUGAGCAGGAUCUUUAUAGACCAUUUGAACCAGCAUAUAAAGUGAAAGCUUUAGUACUAAACGAAAAAGUACUCCUUGAGAGAGAAGAACCAAAACAAGAUGAGAUGAUAAUUGAUGAAGCCCCUGCUGUUUCCAAAGAGCCAGACUUUCCCGCAUCCAUUAACAUUCCUACACAUGAAAUUCCAGACGUAUACAACCAACAAACACAUGUAGAUGAAACAAAAGCUCAUCUUGUCCCUAAUAAGCAAGGAAUAAUGCCAAAAGACAAAAUAAGAGUUUUUCUUAUCGAAGAGCAGCCAGAGAAUGAACGAAUUCCAAAAGAACCUCAAACCGACGAAAAACAUACAAUAACCACGUCUCCAGUUCCAGCUGCUGGAGAAGAACAAGAACCUUCUGAUAAAGUUUCUCAACCACAGCAAAGACUCAAAUUUGUAUUAGAAGAACCUCAGAAAACACAACAAACCCCAAUUGAUGAAAGCGUCGAAGUAACCGCAGUAAAAUUAGUUCAAGAAGAACCCGAGAAUUUCGUGCUGGAAAAACAAUCCGAAGUUAAGACUCCGGAAGUAAUUGUAAAUCAGUCACAUUAUAAGCCUCAGUAUGAAGUUAAUGAUUUCACUUUGGAGGAAAAUUCUUUAAGUUCAAAUCAACCCACGCAAGAUGAAAGGGUGAAAGCGAGUACAGAAACUAUGAUCGAGGACGAACCUGACAUUUACAGUGACUUUUACAAGCCAUUUGAAUCCAACCAUGAUGUAAAAGCGUUAGUAUUAGACGAGGAACCUCCACUAAAACGAGACGAAAUUAUACGACCGGAGAUAGGCAAGAUUUAUGAAACUCCUGUUAAUUCGGAAGAAUCAGAUAUUAUCAGGUCUAUCAAUAUUAUCAAAUAUGAAUUUCCAGACUUCGAAACAAACCAACCGAGUCCAACAUCUAGUUCAUUGAACGAAGACGAUACGUUCACAACUAGUCAAGUUGCUUUGACUGAAACAAUAACAUUAGACAACGAUAUAGAACACCCAGAUGAAAAACAACCUACACAAGAACCAGCAGUGAUAGUGUACCCUCUAAACAGACCAGAGGGAAUAAAGAUUCAACUCAUAGAUGAUAUACCAGAGUCUGAUAAACCCAACUAUGAGGAAACAGUAGCUUAUGAAGAGAUUGUUGUCGAUGAACCUGCAGAAUCAGUACCAUCAGAUAUUGUACAGCAACGAUUUGUAAAGCAGUUCGAUAUUCCCACGUCCAUUGUAGACGACAAACCACAAGGGAUUGACGAAGACGUUUCCUCUACUGUUAUCAAAGACGUGGAAGCCCCUAAAAUUCACCUUGAGGAAGAGAGACCUAUACAAAUAGCCUCAGACGAUGAUGUAAAAAGAGAAGAAGGUGAAAACAUGAAUAUUUCACCAGAAACAAGAUCAUUGAACGACGACAAUACGAUCACACCCAGUUAUAUCUUGCAAGUGGACCCAUCCAAAGUUACUAGCACUGAAACAAUAACAGUAGAGAACGAUAUAGAACAUGUACACGGUAAACAACCUAUGAAAGAACCACCAGUGAUAGUGCACGAGGGAAUAAAGAUUCAACUCAUAGAUGAUAUACCAGAGUCUGAUAAACCGAACUAUGAGGGAACAGUAGCUUAUGAAGAGAUUGUUGUCGAUGAACCUGCAGAAUCAGUACCAUCAGAUAUUGUACAGCAACGAUUUGUAAAGCAGUUCGAUAUUCCCACGUCCAUGAUAGACGACAAACCACGAGAGAAUGACGAAGACGUUUCCUCUACUGUUAUCAAAGACGUGGAAGCCCCUGAAAUUCACCUUGAGGAAGAGGAACCUCCACAAAUAGCCUCAGACGAUGAUGUAAGAAAAGAAGAAGGUGAAUACAUCAAUAUUUCAGCAGAAACAAGAUCAUUGAACGACGACAAUACGAUCACACCCAGUUAUAUCUUGCAAGUGGACCCAUCCAAAGUUACUAGAACUGAAACAAUAACAGUAGAGAACGAUAUACAACGUGUAGACGGUAAACAACCUAUGCAAGAACCACCAGUGAUAGUGCACGAGGGAAUAAAGAUUCAACUCAUAGAUGAUAUACCAGAGUCUAAUAAACCGAACUAUGAGGGAACAGUAGCUGUUGAAGAAAUUGUUGUCGAUGAACCUGCAGAAAUCAAAGAACGAACAAUACGUACAAGAUCAGAAGAAAACGAAUCUGAAAUAACAAGUGCAACAUUUACUGAUUUUGUGGAAUCAAUACCAUCAGAUAUUGUACAGCAACGAUUUGUAAAGCAGUUCGAUAUUCCCACGUCCAUGGUAGACGACAAACCGCGAAAGAUUGACGAAGAAAUUUCUUUUACUGUUUUCAAAGACGUUGAAGCCCCAAAAAUUCACCUUGAAGAUGAACAACUUAUACAAAUAGUCUCAGACGAUCAUGUAAGAAAAGAAGAAGGUGAAUAUAUCAAUAUCUCAGCAAGAACUGGAUCAUUUAACGACGAAGAUACGAUCACACCCAGUCAUGUCUUGCAAGUGGACCCCUCCAAAGUUAUUAGAACUGAAACAAUAACAGUAGUGAACGAUAUAGAACAUGUAGAUGAAAAACAACCUAUACAAGAACCAGCAUUGAUAGUGCACCCUUUAAACAGACCAGAGGGAAUAAAGAUUCAACUCAUAGAUGAUAUACCAGAGUCUGAUAAACCGAAUUAUGAAGGAACAGUAGCUGUAGAAGAAAUUGUUGUCGAUGAACCUGCAGAAAUCAAAGAACAAACAAUACGUACAAGAUCAGAACAGAACGAAUCUGAAAUAACAAGUGCAACAUUUACUGAUUUUGCGGAAUCAGUACCAUCAGAUAUUGUACAGCAACGAUUUGUAAAGCAGUUCGAUAUUCCCACGUCCAUGAUAGACGACAAACCACGAAAGAUUGACGAAGACGUGUCCUUUACUGUUAUUAAAGACGUGGAAGCCCCUAAAAUUCACCUUGAGGACGAGAGACCUACACAAAUUGUGUCGGAGAUUUCCAACAAGCGAAAUAGUCUGAUAGAAUUUGAAAAAGACGAUGAAGUAAGAAAAGAUGAAGGUGAAUACAUCAAUAUUUCAGCAGAAACAAGAUCAUUUAACGACGACGAUAGGAUCACACCCAGUUAUAUCUUGGAAGUGGACCUAUCCAAAGUUACUAGAACUGAAACAAUAACAGUAGAGAACGAUAUAGAAUAUGCAGAUGAAAAACAACCUAUAGAAGAACCAACAGUGACAGUGUACCCUGCAAACAGACCAGAGGGUAUAAAAAUUCAAAUCAUAGAUGAUAUACCAGAGUCUGAUAAACCGAACUAUGAGGGAACAGUAGCUGUUGAAGAGAUUCUUGUCGAUGAACCUGCAGAAAUCAAAGAACAAACAAUACGUACAAGAUCAGAAGAGGAUGAAUCAGAAAUAACCAGUGCGAAAUUUACUGAUUUUGCGGAAUCAACGCCAUCAGAGAUUGCACAGCAACGAUUUGUAAAGCAGUUCGAUAUUCCCACGUCUAUGGUAGACGACAAACCACAACAGAUUGCCGAAGAAGUUUCCUUUACUGUUAUCAAAGACGUGGAAGCCCCUAAAAUUCACCUUGAAGAUGAGAACUCUAUACAAAUAGCCUCAGACGAUGAUGUAAGAAAAGAAGAAGGUGAAUAUAUCAAUAUUUCAGCAGAAACAAGAUCAUUUAACGACGACGAUACGAUCACACCCAGUUAUAUCUUGCAAGUGGACCCAUCCAAAGUUACUAGAACUGAAACAAUAACAGUAAAGAACGACAUAGAACAUGUAGAUGAGAAACAACCUAUAGAAGCACCAUCAGUAAUAGUUCAACCACCAAAAACACCACAAGGAAUAACUAUUCUACAUAUACCAUCGUCUGCUCAACCAAAAUAUGACAAAAUGACAUUAAAUGAAGAAAUUCAAGUUGACGAACCUGUGGAAUUCAAAGAACAAACAAUACAUAUAAGACUUGAAGAGAAAGAACCAGAAAUAGCAAGUACAACAAAUAUUGAUAUUGCAGAAUCAAUACCAUCAGAGAUUGAACAAUCAGAGAUUGAACAGCAACGAUUUGUAAAGCAGUUCGAUAUUCCUACGUCCAUGGUAGACGAUAAAUUGGAACAGAUAAGCGAAACAUCUUCCCUUAGUAUCGCAGAAGACACGGUGGUCGCCAAAGUUGAAGAAAUCAAAGUUGACGAACCUGCGGAAUUCAAAGAACAGAUCAUACAAAUAAGACUUGAACAGAAAGAAUCAGAAAUAACAAGUACAACAAAUACUGAUAUUGUGGAGUCAAUACCAUCAGAGAUUGUACAGCAACGAUUUGUAAAGCAGUUUGAUAUUCCCACGUCCAGGGUAGACGACAAACCGCGAACAAUGGACGAAGAAGUUUCCUUUACUGUUAUCACAGACGUGGAAGCCCCUAAAAUUCACCUUGAAGAAGAACAACCUAUAGAAACAGCCUUAGACGAUGAUGUAAGAAAAGAAGACGGUGAAUACAUCAAUAUUUCAGCAGAAACAAGAUCAUUUAACGACGACGAUACGAUCACACCCAGUUAUGUCUUGCAAGUGGACCCAUCCAAAGUUAUUAGAACUGAAACAAUAACAGUAGAGAGAGAUAUAGAACAUGCAGAUGAAAAACAACCUGUACAAGAAGAACCAGAAGUGAUAGUUCAACCACCAAAAACACCACCACAAGGAAUAACUAUUCUACAUAUACCAUCGUCUGCUCAACCAAAAUAUGACAAAAUGAUAUUACAUGAAGAAAUUCAAGUUGACGAACCUGUGGAAUUCAAAGAACAAACAAUACAUAUAAGACUUGAAGAGAAAGAACCAGAAAUAACAAGUACAACAAAUAUUGAUAUUGCAGAAUCAAUACCAUCAGAGAUUGAACAAUCAGAGAUUGAACAAUCAGAGAUUGAACAGCAACGAUUUGUAAAGCAGUUCGAUAUUCCCACGUCCAUGGUAGACGAUAAAUUGGAACAGAUCAGCGAAAUAUCUUCCCUUAGUAUCGCAGAAGACACGGUAGUCACCAAAGUUGAAGAAAUCAAAGUUGACGAACAUGCGGAAUUCAAAGAACAGAUCAUACAAAUAAGACUUGAACAGAGAGAAUCAGAAAUAACAAGUACAACAAAUACUGAUAUUGUGGAGUCAAUACCAUCAGAGAUUGUACAGCAACGAUUUGUAAAGCAGUUUGAUAUUCCCAUGUCCAGGGUAGACGACAAACCACAAGAGAUUGACGAAGACGUUUCCUUUACUGUUAUCAAAGACGUGCAAGCCCCUAAAAUUCACCUUGGGGAAGAGAGACCUAUACGAAUAGUCUCAGACGAUGAUGUAAGAAAAGAAGAAGGUGAAUACAUCAAUAUUUUAGCAGAAACAAGAUCAUUUAACGACGACGAUACGAUCACACCCAGUUAUGUUUUGCAAGUGGACCCAUCCAAAGUUACUAGAACUGAAACAAUAACAGUAGAGAGAGAUAUAGAACAUGCAGAUAAAAAACAAUCUACACAAGAAGAACCAGAAGUGAUAGUUCAACCACCAAAAACACCACAAGGAAUAACUAUUCUACAUAUACCAUCGUCUGCUCAACCAAAAUAUGACAAAAUUGCAUCAAAUGAAGAAAUUCAAGGUGACGAACCUGCGCAAUUCAAAGAACAAAUCAUACAUAUAAGACUUGAAGAGAAAGAAUCAGAAAUAACAAGUACAACAAAUACUGAUAUUGCAGAAUCAAUACCAUCAGAGAUUGAACAAUCAGAGAUUAAACAGCAACGAUUUGUAAAGCAGUUCGAUAUUCCCACGUCAAUGUUAGACGAUAAACUGGAACAGAUAAGCGAAACAUCUUCCCUUAGUAUCGCAGAAGACACGAUAGUCGCCAAAGUUGAAGAAAUACAAGUUGACGAACCUGCGGAAUUCAAAGAACAGAUCAUACAAAUAAGACUUGAACAGAGAGAAUCAGAAAUAACAAGUACAACAAAUACUGAUAUUGUGGAGUCAAUACCAUCAGAGAUUGUACAGCAACGAUUUGUAAAGCAGUUUGAUAUUCCCACGUCCAUGGUAGACGACAAACCACAAGAGAUUGACGAAGACGUUUCCUUUACUGUUAUCAAAGACGUGGAAGCCCCUAAAAUUCACUUUGAGGAAGAGAAACCUAUACAAAUAGCCUCAGACGAUGAUGUAAGAAAAGAAGAAGGUGAAUACAUCAAUAUUUCAGCAGAAACAAGAUCAUUGAACGACGACGAUACGAUCACACCCAGUUAUAUCAUGCAAGUGGACCCAUUCAAAGUUAUUAGAACUGAAACAAUAACAGUAGAGAGAGAUAUAGAACAUGCAGAUGAAAAACAACCUGUACAAGAAGAACCACGAGUGAUAGUUCAACCACCAAAAACACCACAAGGAAUAACUAUUCUACAUAUACCAUCGUCUGCUCAACCAAAAUAUGAUAAAAUUACAUCAAAUGAAGAAAUUCAAGUUGACGAACCUGUGGAAUUCAAAGAAGAAACAAUACAUAUAAGACUUGAAGAGAAAGAAUCAGAAAUAACAAGUACAACAAAUACUGAUUUUGUGGAAUCAAUACCAUCAGAGAUUGAACCAUCAGAGAUUGUACAGCAACGAUCUGUAAAGCAGUUCGAUAUUCCCACGUCCAUGGUAGACGACAAACCAGAAGAGAUCGAAGAAGUUUCCUUUACUGUUAUCACAGACGUGGAAGCCCCUAAAAUUCACCUUGAAGAAGAACAACCUAUAGAAAUAGCCUUAGACGAUGAUGUAAGAAAAGAAGAAGGUGAAUACAUGAAUAUUUCAGCAGAAACAAGAUCAUUGAACGACGACAAUACGAUCACACCCAGUUAUGUCUUGCAAGUGGACCCAUCCAAAGUUAUUAGAACUGAAACAAUAACAGUAGAGAGAGAUAUAGAACAUGCAGAUGAAAAACAACCUGUACAAGAAGAACCACGAGUAAUAGUUCAACCAGCAAAAACACCACAAGGAAUAACCAUUCUACAUAUACCAUCGUCUGCUCAACCAAAAUAUGACAAAAUUACAUCAAAUGAAGAAAUUCAAGUUGACGAACCUGCGGAAUUCGAAGAACAAACAAUACAUAUAAGACUUGAAGAGAAAGAAUCAGAAAUAACAAGUACAACAAAUACUGAUUUUGUGGAGUCAAUACCAUCAGAGAUUGAACCAUCAGAGAUUGUACAGCAACGAUCUGUAAAGCAGUUCGAUAUUCCCACGCCCAUGGUAGACGACAAACCGCGAAAGGUUGACGAAGAAGUUUCCUUUACUGUUAUGAAAGACGUGGAAACCCCUGAAAUUCAUCUUGAAGAUGAGAAACCUUUACAAAUAGCCUCAGACGAUGAUGUAAGAAAAGAAGAAGGUGAAUACAUCAAUAUUUCAGCAGAAACAAGAUCAUUUAACGACGACGAUACGAUCACACCCAGUUACCUCUUGCAAGUGGACCCAUCCAAAGUUACUAGAACUGAAACAAUAACAGUAGAGAGAGAUAUAGAACAUGCAGAUAAAAAACAAUCUACACAAGAACCAGAAGUGAUAGUUCAACCACUAAAAACACCACCACAAGGAAUAAACAUUCUACAUAUACCAUGGUCUCCUCAACCAAAAUAUGACAAAGUGGCAUUAAAUGAAGAAAUUCAAGUUGACGAACCUGUGGAAUUCAAAGAACAAACAUUACAUAUAAGACUUGAACAGAACGAAUCAGAAAUAACAAGUACAACAAAUACUGAAAUUGCGGAAUCAAUACCAUCAUUUGUAGUAACAGGGUUCGAUGUUCCUACGUCCAUGGAAGACGACAAACCGACUGCGACGGUAACUUCAGAGAUCAAUCAAGCAAGUGAAACUCUCUCCAUUUCGUCUGGAACAUCCAGCAUUGGUGAUGAAGAUAUGGCUAUCAAUUUUGUACCCAGUUAUCGAAAGCAAACGGAUCUUCUGUCCUCGGUGACUCUCGGCGAAGCACUGAUAACCGAUGACGUGGAAAUGAAAACUUCCACUGUGUAUAACAAAGAACCUAUAUAUGCUCGGGUUAACAAACAGAGACUAAAUUUACAUGAUGGAGUCGCUAAAAACUCUGUUCAAACGGGAUAUUCUGUAAUCGUCAAUCAUCAGCCAGGAGCUACCGAAGUUGCUACAGGAGGUAAAGAUUCCUUACAUGACGACGGAACUAGAGAGCCUCGAGAGGAAACAUCGGAAAUAGUUGACCAAAGAUUGGUGAACGAAAGAAGUACAACAGAAGAAAUUACAACUCUAAACAGUGAAAUAACAGAAAACACUCAAGGGGUUGUCUGGAUGCCCGUUCGCCAUAGCAACAGGUUAUUUGGCUCAGGCAGCAGUGAAAGAAUUAUAACACUUCCCAUAGUAAGUAGGGCGCCUUCCGAAGACCUCUCCCUAGAGGAAGACAUCGAUCUUGAUUUGGACGAAGAUGUUGAAAUGUUUAAAAUAGCCCACAAAGAACCAAAGUCAGUUGAAUACAACAUUCCCAUCGAAGGACAUGAACAAGUCGAAGAAAUUUCAAGCGGUAGUGGUGAACUCAAGUCUGAUACAGAACUAAAACAAGAAUCUCAAGAGGUUGUCUGGAUAACCGUUCGCCAUAGCAACAAGUUAUUUGGCCCAGGAAGUAGUGAAAGAAUCGUAACACUUCCCAUAGUGAAUAACGCGCAUUCUGAUGACCACUCACCAACAGACGACAUCGAUCUUGACUUGGAAGAGAACGCUGAAAUGUUUGUUAAAGCCCAAAAUGGGGAGGAAUCGGCAGAGAGUAACGUUUCGUGUACAGUAAGACUUAAACGCUGGGAAAGCGAUAUACGAGGGGUGAAUCAUCCAAAACAUUCUCGUGGAAAAGAAACUUCGGAACUAUCGAGCUCUACGGCAAGUGUUGACGGUAGUUAUGGAGACACUUCUAGAACACUAAGUUCAAAUUCUGAAUUUACCAUGAACCUACUUCAUACCACUGAUCAACGGUACACAUUAAAAAUGAGGGGUUGCGAAAGGGAUAUACUGGAUGAAAAUUUGUCAAAACCAUCCCAAGGAAAAGCAGCUUCGGGUCUGUCGAGCUCAGAAGAAAGUGUUGAUGGCAGUUAUGUAAAUAUCCAUAGAACACCAAGUCCAAAUUCUGAAUUCUCCAUGAACCUGCUCCAUACUUCUGAUCCGCGAUAUACUUUAAAAAUGAAGGGCUGCGGAAAGGAUAUACCCGAUGAGAGUUGGUUAGAAAAUGGUGAUUUAUGCAUACCUUGUACCGGAUCUUCCGAGAAUUUGCUUCAUGCCUUCGAACCAUGGAUUUCUAUUACACGAAAGUGCAAAUCAGAGGGUAUGCAGCUAAUGACGCAACAAUAUACCUUGAGUUCUGCCAAUAUGUUGGAUUCCUCAGUGGCCACACUUCCUUGGAUAGAAACACAAAAGCGAGGUUCCAUUAGACAACGUCUAAGCCUUAGAAAACGUGAAAGCACAUCAAGAAAUGUUUAUCACGCAGUUGAUAAGAAUGAUCGUCUUCUUCUUCUGACGAUCCCACGCACAAUGUUGAUGGAAAUCGAAAGUGACGAGGAAUCAAUUGACACAGAAGUAGAAAUUCCUUGGAUGGAACUUGAGCCUUUACCAGGAGAUAAUCAAGGACACCUGCCGUGGGUGGAGGUGGCUGGCGAGGCGGAAAACACACAGAAUGAUCGUAUAUUGAUGUUGAAAAUAUCCCGACAAAUGAUCCUGGGAGCUUCCAUAAACUCAGAAAAUGAAGCCGAAAAUGAAAUUCUCCUUCCUUGGAAAGAUGCUGUGAAAUACUGGGAAGAAACCAAUCAGAUCAUCGCCGAUUCCGUAUCACGAACAAAACGAUCAGAGUUGGCAAACAUUGCUAUUACCUUCCCAAGUGAACAGGAAAGUGAGAGCCAACCACUUCGAAACAAACCCAAACUUCCUGCUAUGAGAAUAGUUCUACCCAAGAAAUACUGCCUGGAUGGGUCAAUGAGGAUGAAACCUAUGAUAACCGUGAACGAAAAGCGGAACAUAAAAGUUCGAAUAAUGAAGUCAGUGAAGAAAAGACACGAUUGGAGCAAUCUACUUCGCUUGAGCAAGUCUGAACGCAGAAAAAGGUACUCGCAUGUAAGUGGGGGAAGUGAAUGGGUUGUUCUUGCAGAUGGCACAAAAUGGUGGAGAAUUCACCAGGAUGAUAUGGAUGAAUUUAAUAAACUACAAUCAAGUUCAGAUCAACAGAAGUUCGAGAACAACUUUGAAAUCAGCAGUGAAGACACGUAUGGAAGGGAAUCAAUUGAUUUCAACGAAUUCACAAAGGAAUCCAGUGGAACUAAAGAACAGAAGCAAUUCAGCUUUGUCAUAGAUCCAAAGAACUAUUUAACAAACACAAUGUCAAUGACCUUUUAAUAUAUCAUUUCAUAUAGUUACAUAUACCAUUAUAACCCAAAAUAAUGCUAAAAAUAUCAUCAUUAACAUUUGGUAGAUUCAACUCGAGACUUGCGAUGCAAAAUAGACUCAUAAAUAUACUUAAUUUAGAUUAAUCUUAAUGACAAAACUCAUAUAUUUAUAUUCAAAUAAUCACAAAUUACUAUAACCUGAUCUAGCUUGAGCGUAUUCUCCAGAUACAAGUGUAUAAGUAUACAUAGAACUUUAGCUAUUGGCAUACUCACAUACCACGCUUUUUAUACAAAAUCUACUUAAGUCUAACUGAUCAGACUGUUCAUUUUUGACCUUGUUUUUGUGCGACAGAUAUUUGCACGAAAGGUUCAAAGAAGACUUUAUGGGGUCAACCUUCAUGCGCAAUUAUCCUAACAAUGCAAGGCCUUUAUAGUCUAAAAGUGAAUAAACAGCACAUAAGCUCUAUCAUUAUAAAAUGUUAAGCUAUAAAUGGAAAAUUGAGGAACAUUUUUAUGUAACAUAAGUAAAUGUUUAGCUCUAAUUUGUAUUACGUACAUAUUGCGU